UUUCUUUCUUCUCUCUAUAUAUCUUUUUCGCUUUAUAAGUACACUUUUUCUGCUCUUCCUUAACCUUUUUUUAUUUCUCCCAAAUGGUGCUUCUCUCUUCAUUAUCUUCUUCUUCAACUACAUUAUGUCUUCUUCUUUUGUUACAAUUUUAUGUAGCUUUAUCUGUUAUAUUAUUAAGGAACCACCAUAAUAAUAACCAUAAUUACAAUAACCCAAAUCACAGAAACCCAAUUCUUCAAGGGAAUCAAACUUCAUGUUCUCUUUUUAUAGGUAGUUGGCUUUACGAUGAAACUUACCCAUUUUACCAAUCAGCUUCUUGCCCUGCCGUCGAUUCACAGUUCAACUGUCAACUCUACGGCCGACCCGAUACUGAAUAUCUGAAAUAUCGAUGGAAACCGGCGAACUGUGAGCUACCCAGGUUUAAUGGGCUUGAGUUUCUGUUGAAAAUGAAAGGGAAAACAGUGAUGUUUGUGGGUGAUUCAUUAGGCCGGGAUCAAUGGGAGUCGUUGAUUUGUAUGAUUUCAGCUGAUGUACCAAAAGCUCAAACACAGAUGUCGAGGCUUUACCCUAUUUCAACUUUCAAGUUCCUGGAUUAUGGAGUGGCUAUUUCAUAUUACAAAGCACCAUAUCUAGUGGACAUAGACACUGUGCAAGGCAAAAGAGUGCUAAAAUUGGAUGAUAUAAGAGGAAAUGCUAAUGCUUGGCAUGGUGUAGAUGUAUUGUCUUUUAAUACUGGUCAUUGGUGGACUCACAAAGGCCCUCUCCAAGGGUGGGACAACGUAGAAGCAGGAGGGACAAUGUAUGAAGACAUGGAUCCACUAAUGGCAAUGGAGAAAGGGCUAAGAACGUGGGCAAGAUGGGUUGAUGCCAAUAUUGACAGAAGUAGAACCAGACUCUUCUUUCAGGGCAUUUCCCCUACGCACUACAACCCGAGUGAAUGGAACGUGGGUGCAUCAACAGGGAGUUGUUACGGGGAGACCAUCCCCGUAACAACCACCCCGAUGACGAGCACAUACCCAGGUCCGGAUUUGGAUCAAUCAAAUGUGAUCCAAAAAGUAAUAAGAGAAAUGGACAACCCACCUUUCUUUCUAGACAUAACACUGUUAUCAACAAUGAGGAAAGAUGCACAUCCAUCCAUUUACAGUGGGGAUCUCAAUUCUCAGCAAAGAAUUAACCCUAACAAACCUGAUUGUAGCCAUUGGUGUCUACCUGGCCUGCCUGAUACAUGGAACCAACUAUUUUACACUGUACUUUUCUACUAACUUAUUAUAGGACUAGCUAGCUUGUAGUAGUAAUUUUUAGUUUUUUGCUAGCCCUAUUGAUGCAAAUUCAUUUUAGGAGACACAAAAUGUUCACACUAAUGCAGCUAAUUAAUUAAGAUAAUUGUUAAAUGAGUUUAUAUAGUGAUUGAAUCGGCAUUGUUGAUUUGUGCUGCUUAUGAAAGAUAUUAUUUGGUAUUAUUCACUA